GUGAGGGAAAUCUGCUGUGAGAAUAUAUUUGAGAGUGCCUGCCUCUGUAUGAGAACUUCAACUCCAUAGAUGAUGUUUGAGUCCCUAUUAUUGUGUCUUUUAGGGUGAGUCUUCAGAAUGACGCAAUUCAACUUCAUAGCCACCAACCAGGAGCUUCGUAAGGGCGACUCCCUUAUGAGUCAAGAUGGGAGCCACAAAGCAAUCUUUCAGGAUGACGGCAAUUUUGUCAUCUACAAGUGGUCUCCAAGCUGGCAUUCCAACACGGCUAACGAUGGGGGAAUCAGAGUUCUGCUGCAAGAGGACAACAACCUGGUUAUGUACACCAAGGAGAGGAAAGCCGUGUGGUCCUCUGUCACCUGGAAUGAAGCAAACUCCAACAAGAUGCGUCUGACCAUGACAAACGAAGGUCACCUGGUCCUGGACAAGGAUGCUCAGACCGUCUGGAGCUCUGAGAAUUCUGAAGGUCAGAAAGAGUGUUGA